CCCCCAUAAUUCAGAGCGUAUUAUCUAGCAGGCAGGCACUCGCAAGACCGAACUAGACUAGCUCGACGUGCUACCGAGCUAUCGGUGCUUAAAAUAAAAGCUGAAAACAUUCUGCCUCCCUGAAGAAAGACUGUCCCUUUUGAGGUAGACUGUCAUCAUUCUUUUCACCUUCGCCCGAAAAACACCAUCCGACCACGGCAGAGAAUACAGUUUUUAAAUAGACCGCCAGCUUGGUUCUGUAUCUUGAGUUGUCUGAACUCGGCACCACAGACCACGGCGUCUUAUUGAGCACCAUGUCACAGAAAAACCCAUCUGACGGUGGUCAGAAGGGCUUUGCCGUGGGCCGGGGGCUCCUGGCAGCAGCAGAAACCUUGAACUAUAGCAUGAACGAGCAACGAUCUGGGCCGCAGGGCCGGUCAAUGGGGAACAUGGUUUCUGGCAUGGGGCUUGGUAGUGGUGUGGACAGCCAGGACCGCAACUCCCAGAUGGCUCGUCGUGGCGGUGGAAGCCAUCUUGGCAGCACCAUGAAGCUGUUCGCCAGCUUAGGGCUGUCGCCGGCGGACCUCGACGCCCUCGCACAGAUCCCCGAAGAGAACAUCAGUGUGGAGACCCUGCCCCACAUACUCAUGCAGCUUAAGAGUCGGAAGGGCGACGCCGGAGACAGGCACAUGGCCGGCAGAGACCUACCUUCGAUGUCCCCUGAGACCUCCUACCGUGGAGGCAGGGAAGACUGGGACGACAUGCAUGGGGGGAGGAUGGGUGGGCCUUCCAUGGGGCAGACUUCAGCCCGUGGCCAAUCCCAAGCCAAUUACGGUUACGGUUCCAUGCAGUCCGCCAACUCUUCCCGGGGCUAUGACUUUGGCUACGGUGGCAAUAAUGGCGGAGGCGGCGGUGGUGGUGGUGGUGGUGGCGGCGGCAGAGACGGACAGUAUUCAGAUCUUUCCCGACGUGACUCCUAUGGGGGGCAUGCCAUGGGGUCCUCUCAGAGCGACUUUAUGCAAAGGAGGAUGGGCUCUCCGUCCCAAGGCAAAGUUCAAGACUUUUUGGGGGCCACCCCCAACAUGUUCCCUCACGUAUGUGCUCUUUGUGACUUUGACGUGCAUUCCAACAUGGAGUGGAAUCAGCACACUAAUGGACUUCGUCAUGCAGAGAACCGGAAACAUCUUCUUCAAAUGUACCCAGAGUGGGACCCAGGGAUGGCCAAAAACACAUCUGGGGGCGGAGGCCAUCACAUGGACACGCCCAAUCUCUCUGCUGGCCUGCUGGGACCGAUUCCCAUGUCUCAGGGCCAUUCAUCGGGUGGCAUGCCCUCCAGCUGGGGAGGUGGGCCUAACUCUGGCUUCUCGAACAAGGGCAUGCAACAUUCCGGACAUUCAAAGAUAAUGAGCCGAGUGGUGGUGGCCAAGUAUGACCGAAAGCCCCUCAGCAAGAGUUUGAUCGCCUUAACCGAACCGUUCGGCACCCUGAGAGAGCACCUGGUGCUCAAGAACAAGGCCUUCCUGGAGAUGGAUAACCACCAGGAGGCGAUGGACAUGGUGAACUACUACAAGAAGCACACAGCCAACAUGAACGGGAGGCCCCUCACCUUCUACCUGUCCAAGGACCUCAUGGUCAUCGAGAAAAAGAACCGUGGCGCGGUACCGCCGACGGCGCGCAGCCCCAGAGAGCUGAAGGGCCAGGGCAGCCAGGUGGUGUUCUUCUCCAACCUUCCCAGGGAGGAGGACAAGAAGAUGGAGCUGCUCACCAUCGCGGGCCGCUUCGGCACCGUGGAGAAGCACCUCUUCCUGAACGAGGAGGCGUUUGUGCAGCUGGGCUCCCAGGAGGAUGCAGAGAUGAUGGUCAAGUACUACAGCGUCAACCCCCUCAACAUCCGGGGCCGGCCCAUCCGACUCAACGUCUGCACCAAGUACAAGACCCUCAGUGUGAACCAGAGAGGAGGCCACCCGUACCGAGGAGACCGAGGGGACGGCGGGGGCCGACGGAGCAGAGAUGACCACAGCCCUCCCCCGUCCAAGAGCCCGUCCAAGAGCAGCUCCUCCAAAGCCUCGGCCUCCAAGGGCAGGGAGGAGAAGAAGAAGUCUGAGUCGAAGCAGCAGCCUGUGGAGAGGAAGACCAAAGUGAAGGAGGAAGUUGAGGAGGGCGCGGGCGUGUUGGAGGGAGAGGAAGGAGGAGAGGAGGAGGAGGAGGAAGAAGAGGAAGACAAGUCCAAAGGAAAAGAGAAGAAGGACUUGAAGAAAAAGAAGGUGGAGGAGUCUGAGGCACAGUCCACAGCUCCAGAAGAGGAGGAGGAGGAGGAGGGGAAAGAGGAGGAGGAUGAAGAGGAGUCGAAGCAGCCUCCGACAGAAGUCCAGAAGGCGUCGGGAGAGGAUCUCCCCGACGGCGCUCCGGACGGGAAAGACGGUUCCGAGGAGGAGAGGGAGGCAGACGACGAGGGAGGAGAGGACGGGGAGAUGGAAGGCCAGAGUGGACCGGGGGAGGACCUGGAGGGCAGAGAGGAUGCUCCUGCAGAGACCUCCGACAUGACCGAAGACGACCUGCAUGAAGACAUGGAGGGCAGCAUGAACGAGGACUUCCCGGAGAACAUGGAGGACUUUGUGACCCUGGACGAGUUGGCGGAGGACGAGGACGCCCGCUCGGAGCACUCGGACUCCAUUGAUAAUUCAAGAAAAGGGGGCAUGAGGGUGGUGAACCUGGUGGGGUUCCGGCGCGGCUACGGCUUCCUUGGAGAGCUGCUGGCGCUGGCCAAGCCCUUCGGAGACGUGGUCAAACACCUGGUGCUGGACCUGAGGCCCGAGGCGUAUCUGCAGUUUGCGUCGGAAGAGGAGGCCAAAGCCAUGGCACGGUUCUACAACGCCAACGUCAUGGCGACGGUGUGUGGAAAACCCGUUCGGAUCAGCCAUUCCCAAACCUAUCCCACCAUCCAGUGUGGUGCCAGUAAAGUGGUGUAUGUCGGACAGCUCCCCAACACCAAGUUCAAGGAGGAGGACGUCCUGAAACUAGCCGAGUCCUUCGGUAAAGUCAGGAAAUACUUCCUCAACAGGAUCCGCAGAGAGUGUUUUAUCGAGAUGGAAGAUGCGGAGGACGCAGAGAAAAUGUCAGAUUUCUACAAAAAGAACCCACCUAAAAUGCAGAACAAGCGCCUCAGUGUCUACGUCAGUAGGAAGUACAAGCAGCUCAAGUACGGCCACAGAAGGCCCACGCAGGACGGGGUGAAGAGGCCUGCCAAGAGGGAGAGCUCCAGCAGCAGCACCUCCAAGACCUCCAAGAACACGGAGGAACCGCCCUCCAAGAAACCCAAAGAGGAGAAGGUCCCAGAGGACGAGGAGGAGGAGGAGGAGGACGCAGAGGAGAAGGAAGAGGAAGAGGAGGAGAAGACUGAGGAGAGCUCGACUGAGGAGUCGGGGGGAGCGACGCAGCCACAAGCCGGCGCAGAGCCCCCCACCCUGGGGACGGAGGAGGCGAAGGAGAGCCCUGACAACCAGAAGACUGCUGAGGUCAAGUGUGAGGAGGUGGAAGGGGAGCUGGAGGUCUCUGCCGGCGCCGCUGGUAAAGCCAGCCAGGCUGAGAGCCCCACGCCGGAACCCCAGCCCGCCGCGGAGGCCAAGCCCCCCAGCGCCUCGCUGCCGCUGGCCCCGUACGAACCAGAGACCCCCCUCGGUGUGGAGUACGUGAAGAUGGGUUACUACUGCAGGGUCUGCUUCCUCUUCUACUCCAACGAAGACACGGCCAAGAAGGUCCACUGCAGCAGCAAGGCGCACUAUGACAAGCUACAGAAACAUCUUGAAAAAGAGCAGGCGAAGGCCCAGACCCCCAAGAAAGGGAGGAAAGCUGAAUAACUUUUUUGUUUUGUUUAAGACUGCAUGGUAUUUACCCAACUGUUCAUUUUUGGGAUUUGAAUGUGAUGCACACUACAAGAAACUUAGUUGAAUGUUGCAACUGUUGAUCUUUUUUAAUAAAUGUAGAAAAAGAGAACUUUUAUGGUGAUUGUAUGCUUUCAUAAUUACCGUCAGUAUUUGAACACUGAAAUCUUGUACUUAAACCAAAAGAUCACGAUUAGAAAGAUUGUAGGUAAAACAUUGUCGUAACAGAAAUUAUCAUCUUACCCUCUCUGUGCCCUUGAACCAGACAUUUUAUUUCAUAUAAUUUCAUAUUUGUUCUAUAAACAAACCUAUGGAGCAUUUACAAGGUAAAUUGCAAAGCGGUGGAUUUUCUUUCACUGCAGUUAUUUUGACAAGCAAGUACAACAUAAGGAAGCCCGACUGGGAACGGGGAACCCUCGCUGCUUUCAGAAAGAUUGGUUGGUUACAGAAAUCAUUACCGUAUUUAAUUUAUUACAGAUAAAAUAACUAUUUUUCCGUCUUUUUUUGAGGGUGUGAAACCGACAAAUAAAAGAACCCUGAAGUGAAUUGACUUAGAAUGACCUGGAAUGGCCUGAGAGAGAAAAAUAAUUUUUGUGGGGAAGGUCGGUUCUGUUUUCCUCAAUUCACAAUGGCGCUAAUAUUCUCAUCAAAUGACAUUUGGUCAUCAGAAAAAGUACACAAAUAUUUGUAUGAUGUGUCAAUUUCCAUAGCUUUCAAUCGUGUAUGAUUCACUCUUUAGCUGCCUCUCUAUUGCAUCUAAAAAUCAAUAAUCCGUUCCGAUUUGAAAAGUUGUUACCGCAACAUUUAAUAAAAUCAGCAUUUCCUUGAUCGGAUUCUGAACCUCGGGGUAGGGGCAGUAAUGUUAUCAGAAAAUGUGUCCCCAUAGCUUCCUACCCGAGCGCUCCUGCGUCAGUCCGUGAACAUAAUGAAGGGACAAAAGCAGUCCCUGGGGGCGAGCCAGAAGACAUGGCUACAGAGAAACUGCCAUUUGGAGACCCCUGCUCUCUCUGCCAAGACAUUGAAGGUUCAUAAGACUGGUGAGCCAAUUUGAAGCCACAUUGCAACCUUUGUAUGAAUGGAUGUAGCGUGUGACACUUUUAUAUGCCGUUAAAGUGCAGUUUAUUUUUUCUUUUUUAUGCUCCAAUAUUGAGAUGGACAGGAGGGUAUGUUAGAGGGGAGGAAUCAAACCCGGGUCGAUGUGAUCGGAACUAAGCCAUAACGGCACGAGGCGUAACUCUUUAUUGGAAAAAGAAAUGGCACGGUUUUAAAAUGUAAAAGCCUUUUCUUCAAGUAACAAUGCUGUGUAGAUGUCCAAAAGUUACAUACAACAAAAAAUCCUAUCAGAAAUGACCGUGCAGUGAUGUGCUUGUUUAAGACAUAAUGCCCGACUACAUGGGCUUAACGCUAUGCACAUUGAACAUCUCAAUAGAAGAUUACAAAAUGCUUUACAAACAAAGCAAGUUCCACAAAAAGUGGGUUAACCAUUUUAAAAUCGAGAAACGAAACAAAAAAUGCCAUUUGCCUUUUCAUGGCAGACAUGGUUAACUAGUUGCAUGAAGGGGCAUCUGACCAAUGAGGGUAUGAGUUACAUGGUAUAACAAGCCAAUCAGUGGAAGGCGUUCGUUCCCAUCUGAAUCAAAAUUGUCUCAGGUGCUCCAAGGGUCCUGGCCUGUGUGCUCCUGAAAGACGAUGCAAAAAUAAUUAGUAUCCAUGGAACAGUAAAAUUUGGGGUAACCUGAUAAGCAUAUGAGGUCACAGGAGACGAUGUACUUACAAGCUUCUGAUAUGUGAGAUGAUGUACUUACAAGCUACGGAUAAUUGAAAAGAUCAUAUGUAACCAUUCUGCUCACUGAUUCGUAAGCCGCACGUGAAGUAGAACUAAUUGUGUGUAUGCGGUGCAAUAAUAAAUGUGCUUCUAGGAGUGUGUGAGGAGUGUCACCUUGUACUUCUGGUAGUGUGUGAGGGGGGU